CAAACAAACAACUUCACCCCUCCAAACUUCCCAAAUACACCUUGACAAUUACACCACACCCAAUGCCGCUGCGCAAGCCAGAAUGUCGACGCCGCAAGCCAAACGCCGCAGACUGAACGAUGCUACCAAUACGCUCAAGAAACCGUUCAAAUCACCCUUCCGCACGCCGCUGAGGCCCAACAUUGGCUCUGACCCACCUUCCUCCGACCCUCCUGAUAUCAGCACGCCCGCACGAUCGAUACCGUAUACGACCCCGCUCACAACACCUGGCACAGCUCUCAACGCUCCUGUGCAGCCGAAAGCAGCCCCAGCAACACCUGCACCUGCACCACCACGCUUCGCCAAACCACUUGCCCCACGACCAAGCUUUUCUACGCCCUCACGAUCUGCGCUGAAGAAGACACCAUCAAAGCCGUCCCUCACAUGGGAGCUUAUGCAGCUGCGCAACGAGAUUCAAAUUCUCACACAAGCCCAUGCACUCGCUACUUCAACGAAGGAUGAAGACCUACAAGUCCUGAUCGAUAGAUGGCGAACUGCAAGUCGUGCUGCAGCCGAAGAGCUCUUCGGCAGCACGCGGGAUCGAGUGAACAGGAUGGGAGGUGUGGGCGCCUGGAAAGAGCGUGAGAAGGAGGCAAAGGAGCGAACACUGAAGUGGGAUCUCGAGGAGAGGGAGGCUGAGAGGGAAAGAAUGGAAGAAGCAAGGGGGAAUGGUGAGAUUGGAGAUGAAGCGUACGACAAGUAUGCGGAGAUGGCAGACGAACAACGCCAGGAAAAGGAAGAAGACAAUGUGCCUAAGGCUGCUGAUGACGAUUCAUUUACGAUGGACAUGAUGCUGAAGACGCUCAACAUCGACUUGAAGCUCAUCGGCUACAACAAGGAGGUACAGCGCUGGGAUGGGUGAAGAGAUGCUAGCAACAUUUACACAUUCCUCAACACAGCAUCAUCCAGGCAGACUGAGCUCAGCCAGCGCUUGCCCACAAAUUGUAGACAUCGGAACGGGUCUGCACCAAGUGCACAGCAUAUCACCGUAAAACGCUCUUCACGAAGGAGCUCAGCUAAUAAUUGGCUACGCUUUACAUAUCAAGGAUGUGUCAAGGUCAAGAUAGCAUUUAAUAGCCGAUACAAACUUACACUAACAGCUACAAUUUUAACAAUGUGACGUCAGACUUC